AUGUGGCUGCCAAAAAUUGGACUUACAGAACCAUUGAAGGCCAUUGGAUGGCGUUGGCCCGAUCGCAACGGAAAGAGAGCAUUUGAUUCGUUUAUGUUAGAUCUCGUGAGUUUAAGUCAAAAUGAUAGUUCAUAUUCUAAAUAUGUGAAAAACUAUAUGAAACAUGCUGGCAAAAAAUUAUCAUCAUCCUUUUCCGAUAUAUUCUAUCUUCCAAAGCGUCUUGUUGCCGAUUGGCUUAUACUGACGAACUUAAUGUUAAAACAUGAAGUGUUUCUAGAAAUCGGCUUUUCAGUUGCAACACUAUCACUGACUUCAACAACUACUUCGCAAGAAGUUGUUGCACUUACAGGUGAGAACUGGAGUGGAAGAGAUUUAACCAUAAGUCUCUACGAUAAAAGUGACAUGGAGUACUAUCACCGCAUAAAUCAUCGAUCGCGGCUGCAUCAAUACUUUGUGGAAGCCAUGGUAAAAAGAUCUUUAAUAACAUCAAGUUCUACACGUUAA